AUGCUCAAGCUACUCAUUAGCAAAGGCUGCCAGGUUUCCUGGUGCUCCCGAGAUUCGAUGGGCAACACGCCCUUGCACCAGGCUUCCUUCUUUGGCCGAAUUGACUGCGCAGGUCUCUUGGUCGAGGCUGGUGCUGACGUGAACGCGAAGAACAGCAUUGGCGCUAUUCCUUUCUCGAGGACCAACGAAGACUUGAAGCUGAUGUGGAGGACUCCGCGCAUUACUGGCCUGCACCCUGGACCGCGACACGGACACUCGGCGACCAAGGUGGGUGCCAAGUUGUUCAUCAUCGGCGGCUCAUCAGAAAAGGAGGAGCGUGUCGAUGUAGUGGUGCUCGACACUGAUGCCAUGAUGUGGUACCGGCCGACCGUGAAGGGCGACGCGCCGGCUUCCCGUUCUUUCCAUUCGGCAACGCUGGUGGGCAGCAAGCUCUACCUGUUUGGUGGCAGCAACGACUCCCAUUACUUCAAUGAUCUGUUCAUCUUCGAUGCGCUCACGAUGCAAUGGUCGGCUGUGGAGGCCAAAGGCGAUAUCCCCGAGCCGCUCAGCGGCCAUUCGGCAACGCUCUUUGGCUCACAGAUCUUCGUGUUCGGCGGCUACGACGGCCAAACCUACCACGACCAACUCUACGUGUUCGACACUCAGACGCUGGAAUGGCGCAAGCAGAACCCGUCUGGCGACAUCCCGCCUGCUCGGGCCUGGCACACGGGCAACCAGGUCCGCACCAAGAUAUUCAUCUUUGGAGGAACUGGCGCGAGCGCUUACAACGACCUCCACAUUCUCGACCCGGGCGUGAUGAGGUUCUACAAGCAGUCGGUGGUUGGCCAGCCCCGCGCCUGCAGUGGCCACGCUUCGGCGCUCGUCGGCAAUAAGCUCUUCUACCUGGCUGGAGGGAUGUUCGAUUCGGGGUUGGACGAUCUCAACAUUCUCGACACUGAGAACUUUACCUGGUCGGCCGUCAAGGCACGCUUCUCCCACUGGACGAUGGCCAAUUUCAGCGGACACAACCUGACGCUGGUCGGGUCGAGCCUCUACUGCUAUGGCGGUUACUUCUUCGAGAAGUACAACACCACCGUGCGCGUGAUGGAGACGGGCACGCGUACGACGCUCGAGUCGGACAUGAAGAACGCGUUCAUCACCAACGACUUCGCGGAUGUGACGUUCCGCUUCCCGAACGAGGACAACGCGCUGAUCAAGGCUCACAAGAUCGUGCUCGCCUCGCGAAGCCAGAAGUUCAGAGACCUGCUACAGGGACGCGAUGAGGAGGGCCUCACGAUCGACAUCAAUGACAUCCCGCGAGAGCUCUUCCAAGUGCUCAUGGAGCUGUGCUACACCGACCACUUGACGUCGUGCCCGCACCGUGCCCAGCAGCUGCUGUCGCUCGUCAAGGCGUACAUUCCGCAGUCCUACAAGCGCACGCUCGCCUGUCUCAUCCAGAAGGGCAAGGUGGCGUCAUCGCUGGGAGACGACCUGAGGCAGAACGCGCUCGGCUCGCCCUUGUUCUCGGACGUGAUCUUCGAGGUGGAAGGACGCGACGUGCCGUGCCACAAGGUGGUCAUCACCUCCCGCUGCCCUCAGUUCCAGGCCAUGUUCCUUUCUGGUAUGAGGGAAAGCACAGCAGAGAAGAUCCCACUCGACCUGCACUACCCGAUCUUCCUCAUGUUCUUGGAGUUCCUCUACACG